AUGCAGCUGCUUCAGCUACGCGCGCGGAAAUGGCGUAUGCCUACUACGCUGCGGACCAUGUUUUGGCUGCUUCUGCUUCGGGCCUUGUAUUCCCUGCAUCGACGCAGGGCCACUGCGAGCCUCCCCCGGACGCUUCAGUUCGACCGGAAGCCCUUUCUGGCCUUCUCGGGAUCGGGCCUCCUUUUCGCCUACUACCAUGGCGUGGUCACCUACAUCCGUGAUCAUUUCUAUGUGGACAACUUGCAGCUGUCGGGCAUCAGCGGAGGUUGUUCCACAUUGCUUGCCUUGGCGAUGGGCAUCGACCUCUACGAAGUUCUGCUGCUGGGCCUUCAUAUGAAGAAGCACUUCACCAAAGCAGGCGUCUAUUUGCACGAUUUUGGCGCGAUGGUCGAGGUUUUGGUCAGUCACUUCAAGCAGAUUGGCAUCUCCGACGAGGAUGUCGCUCAGCUCUCCAAGCGAAAGCAGUGUUACAUGGGUGUCACAAAGUGCUUCCCACUGCAGCACUGCUGCAUCAACACACCGGCGACCUUGCGUGAACUCGUUUCAUUGCUCCUCUCUUCCAUGAGCGUCGUCCCCUUCUUCCGGACGCCUGGUGUUUAUCAAGGCAAGUACUAUGUGGAUGGUGGCUUCUCCGCGAUGUACUCCGUGCCCGAGAACCAUCGCUGGGAUGAGGUGAUCAAAGUGACGUGCUUCCCCUGGUGGUCCACGUUGCUGCCCCCAGCUAUGGGUGUUGCUGAUGUCCAGCCCAGCAGGUUCAUGCCAACCGAGGUCUUUGUUCUUUACCCGUGGGCUCACCAGCAAGAACUGAUUCGGCGAGGAUACGAAGACACCAAGAAGCAACACGACCACCUUGUUGAGCGAGGGCUGCGGCCGUUGCCAAAUGCGCCGCUGACCCCAUGGUCAGAGUGGUCCAGCCUCUUUGCCGCCAUCGAUGAGGAAAACCUGCCGCCACUUCAAGCUAAGUGCUCGACCAUGGUUUCUUCCGAGAUGGAGCGUCACCACUUGGAGAUCUUGCGGACCUACUCCCACUCCGACCUGCACGAUGCGCUGAAGGGGCCGCGUGUCCGACGCCUGUCUUCCAGUGAUGGAGGCUCCCGAAGCGAAGCAAACUGUUCGGAGCUGUGCUCUGGCCGCGCGGCCCGCAGCUUCCGGCGGUGA